AUGCAUGGCAUUAAUGCAGUAGUUGCAUCCACAUCAGCAACUGUUUACCUCGGAAAACCACUACCAAUGGGUUGCCAAUACUGGCAACUGGGCUGUAAUGACACUGCAUGCUGCUUGGUUGUUUCUUUGGGUGCAUUGUUGGGCAUUUCAGGAGAAAAUGCUCCCAUCUUAUAUGUAGAUCACUCCACAGUGACCAGUGCACAGGAGCCAUGGCUGCGCAUGUGUAGUGCUGUGUGGGCAGUCAGCAAACAUGGGAAUUGGCAUCUGCACCACCCAGCCCGUGCACAAGAAAUCCGCACUGUGGCAGUGAGGGCAUUUGGUGUGAAGAUAAACAGGUGCAGGCACAGUCGGGAGUGCCCUAUUGUGAUAAGCUCAGAUGCUGCACUGCUCAGCAGAACUGAGUGCAGUGACUGCCAAUAG